AUGUCAAAGUACACGCAGCGAGAUCAAGCGCAUGACAGCGAUGAGGAUUCGUUGAUCUCUCAAUUCGAAACAACCUUGACGAUCCGAUCUUCAAAUGACGUUCCUGGCGACGAAGAUUUGUCCAUCGAUCAUACAACCGUGAUCCACGGCACAACGCUCUCGAAUUUGACGCGUGACGAAUCAAUUGUGGACAUUGAGGAACUUGAAGAAGAAGAACAGUUGCUGGAGCAAAUUCCCAAUUUCAAGGUGAAACGGGAGUCCAGGUUGCGUACAGACAAGGCACUAAGGUUCAAAAAGGAAUCCGAUUCAGCAAGCUCAAGUAGAGCGCAGUCUCCGCAAAUAGACCCCAGCUUGGAUCAAGUCUUGAAGCCUUCACCGUUGGUGGAUGUUGAUCUAGAUCGCUACCAUAGGACUUUCGAAGAGUUCAUCAACGCCAACAUUCAAAUAAAACAGGAGAGCCCCCGUUUCAGAAAAGAGACGGACAAAACUCUUGUUUUGUUGUCGCCGUACUCUGCAGAACACGCAUUUGGCCGUAAGUGGGUUACGAAGUCCUACCUAUCAACUAUUUUUGAGCGACCACAGCGCUUGCUUGCAUCUUGCAUUGGCAUAUCAGCAGCAUUGACUAUGUUUCCUUAUUUUUAUUCGAUAAAGAACUCUACGAAGAAAGGAUCUUUGUUUUCAAGUCAUGUUCGGAAAGUUCAUGGAGAAACAUGGCCCAAAAAGUUGUUUGAGCUAUGUUUAAAAUCCCAUCAGAAGCUCCAAAGCGACGAACUUGAAGUUCCCGAAGAUUGGAAUGUGGGAGAUAUCUACCUUACUCCAAAGACAAUUACAGCCCUAGAAGGAGUUGUUGGAACCAUUGAAACAGCGGUCGACUCAUUGUAUGGUUCGGAUAAUGAAGACGAAAAUUAUAACCUUACUUUUGUCACCAUCAGACCUCCAGGACAUCAUUCGCAUGCGUGCUUACCUAGCGGCUUUUGCUUACUAAAUAACGCGCAAAUCGGCAUAGAGUAUGCCUUUGACAAAUACGGAAUAUCACAUUGUGCUAUCUUGGAUAUUGACCUUCAUCAUGGAGAUGGCUCUCAAGAUAUUUGUUGGGAAAGAGCUGGUUUUACGGGUGAUUAUGGCAAGGCAGACGAAGAGUAUGAAGAUUAUGAAGAGAAUCCUAGGAAUGAAUACGGUAAAAAGUUCUCCACAUACCCCAAAGUGGGCUACUUCUCAUUGCAUGACAUCAAGUCCUAUCCUACCGAGUCUGGCUUUGCGACCAAAGAGAAUAUUAAGAAUGCUUCUCUCUGCGUAAUGGACCAUGAUUUGAACUUGUGGAACGUUCAUUUACAAGAGUGGUCAACAGAAGAAGAAUUUUACAAGCAUUAUCAAACGAAAUACGUUGCCAUUUUGAACCGUGCAAACCAGUUUCUUAACCUGGCAAAAAAGCAAUAUGAACUGAAUUAUGCAACAUACAUUUCUGAGCUUUCCAAAUAUAAUAAGUUUAUGGCGAAACCACACUUAUACAAACAGGCUAUAAAAAAACCGUCACCGCCGGUUCCAUUCAAACCUUUAAUCGUCAUUUCGGCUGGGUUCGAUGCUUCCGAAUAUGAAAACCCUCAAAUGCAGAGACACCAUGUCAAUGUACCCACCUCCUUUUAUGCAAAUUUCACCAAGGAUGUGGUGAAGCUUGCCAAAAUCCACACAAAUGGCAAGGUCAUUUCCUUCAUGGAAGGUGGCUAUUCGGAUGGGGCGUUAAUUUCAGGGGUUUUUUCCCACUUGAUUGGUCUUACUAAUAACCAGAAAUAUGACGACAAUGACGUUUCCUUGUGGAACCAAACCUGGGGUAAUGAGUAUGUCGUGAAAGAGUUAUCUAAGGGAUGUAAAAGAUCAUGGGUACCGUACAAGAAUCCUCGAACAGAAGUGACAAUAUGGGCUAAUGAAGCAAUUAAACUUGGGAGAUCCUUAAUGCCCAAUGCUAUUUUACCCACGAAUUAUGUGUAUCAGUACGUUCCUGAAAAGCUGAAUAUCUACGCACAACCGCCAGAAGCCACGAACCGAAUGCUCCGAAACCUCCUAGACGACAAUGGAAGCUCUAAGGAAUUCCCGAAUAGCCCCAUCAACAAAGAUCCAGAGGACGACAGAAGGUUAUUACGGCAUACAAGGUCAUACUAUAGAAAAACUACCAAGUAA